AUGCCCGCUCCGAAGCCAUGGUUGGAAGAACUAACACUGAGCAAGCUACAUCGACUCGCAACAGCACUGGGCACGUCAUGUUCAGGAACGAAGCUUGCACGUAUAGAAGCCAUUCAUCACGCAACCUCCAACACUGUGAGAGAUGGAGACAACAGGACCAACUUGUCAAAUUUGAGUCUUCUGAGCAUCGACAUGGGCAUUAGGAAUCUGGCUUUUGCACAUCUCACAGCUGCGGUUGAGGAGGUCGUUCGACCGCUUACACAUGUACGCUACAGCAGGCCAACGCUGCAGGCAUGGCGAAGAAUAGCAGUGGCAGAGUUUUUGAACGCCACAAGCAGCUCAGCACUUGAACGUUCGAAGGACACUGCAGUCGGACUGGCUGGAGCCACCAAAGAAUCAUUCGAACCUAUUGACUACGCCAGGCACGCAUACAAUCUCGUCAAAUAUAUGUUACAGACUUAUCAACCAAACUAUAUCUUGAUUGAAAGACAAAGAUUCCGUUCAGGUGGCCAAUCGGCGGUUCAGGAAUGGACUCUCAGAGUCGGAGUCUUUGAAGGCAUGCUGUAUGCCAGUCUGCGGACAUUGGUCGAGGAACACAAACUGCAGCUAGGCGUAGAGCCAAUGCAGCCUUCCCGCGUCAAUCGGUAUUGGCUUGAAGGACACCAGGGCCUGCUGGCCUCGAAGGACAAAAGGCUAGUCGGCCGCGAUGCGAAGAAGGCCAAAAUUGACCUCGUUGGAAAUAUGCUCGGAGGUAAAAGCUCGACAAUCUGUAUUGGAGGGGACGUUCAGCCGGAGGCAGCCGAUUUUGUGACACGUUGGAACAAGGUUUCUAAGGGCGAGCGAGCUCUUGCAACGAACAUGUCAAAGCUAGAUGACCUUGCCGAUUCGCUUUUGCAGGGAGUGGCAUGGAUCCAUUGGCAAAACAACCGAAGACGGGUCGAAGUCCUCGGGCGAGACGCAGUUGAUAUGGGAUCUGGAACCUUGCGGUGA